AUGGUUGUUGGAGUCUCUGCAAUAGAACAGCAACUUCAACAAGCUUUGAGCAAAAACCAGAUGCUCGUCCACUCGAUAUCAGACAAAGAAGCUCAGUUAGAGAUAGAAAGGAACAACUUGAAGACUACCCAGAAUGCUCUGACAAAAGCACAAGAGUUGGCACUCAGUUUAGAUGAGAGGUUGCAACAAGACAGGGACAAGGUGGAGAUUCUUCAACAGCUUGCACAGUGUGUCCAAGAAAAAAUGACUGACAUAGACCAGAUGCAGUCAGGAAUUCUUGGAACUCUCAAGUCCUAUGGACAGAGAAUAAGUUUUGCCAGUGGCCGAGUGGAAAUGCUUCAAGGCCAGUUUGCCAGGAAGGAGGCAUUCUUAAGGAUGCAGAUGUCAGAAGAAACAGAAGCCAUGAAACAGAAAACAGUUCCUGAAAAACCUGCUCCAUUGGAUGAAACAAGUGGUUCUUAUGGUCAGUUGUGCCAGGAACUAGAGAGAGUGACCAGAGAGAGGGACAGUCUGGCCACACAGAUCAGAAAAGACUCUGAACUCAUUGACCAAAAGGUUGGAGACGUAAGGCACAAAUAUGAAGGAGAAAUAGAAGGGUUGAGGGACAGAAUAAAACUUCUGGAGACCUCUGUAGAAGAUAGAAAUCAGAAAUGUCACAGGCUGAGUGAGCUGCUAGAGGAGGCCCAGAGUGGACUGGAGGAGGCCAGAGAAGCCGUGGACAAACUGAAGACUGACCUGGCCAGGCAGCAGUUAGAGGCUGAAAAAGCACUCAAGGAUAAACAGACCAAGGACGAGCAACAGUUCAUUGAACAGUUCACAGAGAUGGAGAGAAAGCUAAAUGAUGCCAGAAGAGAACACACAAAAGCUGUUGUUUCGCUACGGCAACAAGAGAGACAGAUGUCAAGAGAGAGACAGAGGGCUGCUGACCAGGUUAAGGGGCUGGAGGACUACUACAAGGUGCAGCUAGACAAACUACACCAUCAACUUAAAACUUCAGAGAGGGACAAAAAUUUACUGAUGGCCACAUUGAGACAAGAAGGUUUGCUGAGUAAAAUGAAAACUCAAAGAGCUUCCCCGGUGAAUUACGAGUCUGACAGUAGCACCACUGAUGAUAAAGAAAAUAUUGAACCAUCAUCUAAUGCUGCACAGUCACAAAGGGUCUCAGAACCAUUGAAGUCAGUCAUUGACGAUAUAAAAGCUUUAACUGAGGUGGCCUCGGAUUCUGAAGACUCUUAACAUGUGGGCAGAUCAGGAACUAUUUAAUAUAACACCAUCUUAUGGACUUGGCUGUGAUACUGACAUAGAAAGCAAUUUGUUGUCUUCAUCGUUCUUUAUUUUGUAAAAAGUAUUCUGAAAAUAGUUGUACAUUCUGUAUAUAUUAGUAUCAGCGAUAAAAUGUGUUCACCAUUAAAACGUAUAUCUGCAUAUUCACCAAUACAAUCUCAUGUUACAAUAUAUUCCUUAAACUGUAUAAUAAAUGUCUAUAAAACCUU